CUUACCCUAACCCUAAAGAUCAACAACUUCAAGGAAGAAAAACAAAGCGAUAUCUAUGGCAGGAGUCGGACCGUUGACGCAGGACUGGGAACCGGUGGUGAUCCGGAAGAAGCCUCUGAACGCUGCCGCCAAGAAGGACGAGAAAGCUGUCAACGCUGCUCGUCGCAGCGGCGCCGAGAUCGAAACCCUUAGAAAAUCUCAUGCUGGGACAAACAAAGCUGCUUCUAGCAGCACCUCUUUAAACACAAGGAAGCUUGAUGAAGAAACGGAGAAUCUUGCUCAUGAUCGAGUACCAACUGAGCUGAAGAAAAGUAUCAUGCAAGCUCGAAUGGACAAGAAACUUACCCAGUCUCAACUUGCUCAGAUGAUCAAUGAGAAACCUCAAAUAAUUCAAGAGUAUGAAUCUGGUAAAGCUAUUCCAAAUCAACAGAUAAUUGUCAAGUUGGAGAGGGCUCUUGGAGUGAAACUUCGAGGAAAGAAAUAAUGAAACCAUGGUGGACACAACAGAGGACAAAAAUUGUCUGGAAGUCAUCAUGUUUGGAACUCUUGUUAUAUAGUCUGUGUUGUGAAGGGUUGAAGAGGAGUUUGUCGUAUGCAACAACUUAGGUGUCUUGUUGACCUGAAAAAAUGAAACCUGUGUGCAUUUCUAGUCAGUUACUGUUUCAUGAGUCCGUCUGCUUUAUGAAUUAACCCUAUACUAUUCAAUAAUGAUGUGGGUGUUGCUUCACAAUA